AUGAGUGACAUUGAUAAUUCUUCAGAUAAUGAAAAAAUGAAUGAAGUAGUUUACUAUAAUGGGAAUGAUGAGGAUGUAUUCAGAUAUCUUGAUUAUUUUAAAGAUAAUUUCCCACUAUGUUCAAAAGAAAUAGAUAAUAAUGAAGAAGCAAAAGAGCAUAUAGAGAGUGACUACAAUCACUUUAUUAGCGUUGUUACAUCAUUUUUAAUGUACGAAUGGGAUUCUAUUAAAGAUUUAAUUAGAAUAGAAAGGAAUUUUUACAGCUUGUCACCAGAAGAUAGAAAAUUAUUAGGGAUCACGGACAUUGAAAAUGAAAUUGAUAAAUUAAGAAAUUGCAUAAGCACAAAUCAGAAUUUCUUAAAAUUAAUGCUUUCUCCUGAUCUCUAUUAUGAUCAGGUUGAAUUAAACUAUAAUGAUAAAUGUAACAACUUGAAUAACAUUGAUAUAAAUAAUAUUGUUGAUAAUAACAAUAAUAAUAACAAACUUAAUGAAAAUAAGAAUUUAAAGAUUUAUUCCGGAAAAAAUCCAAAUUGUAUCCCAAAUACAACUUUAAAUAAUUUGUGUAAAGUUAAAGCAACUCUAAGACAGUUUGUUAGGGACUGGAGUGAGGAAGGAAGAUUAGAAAGAGAAGAAUCAUAUGGUCCAAUGAUACAAGCCUUAAAAGAUUAUCUUCCAAUAAAAAACAAUUUAUCAUCAUCCGAGAAAUUAAAGGUCCUUAUUCCAGGAGCAGGAUUAGGGAGAUUAUUAUUCGAAGUUGCUAGACUUGGUUACUCUUGUCAAGGUAAUGAAAUAAGUUACGCAAUGCUUUUAGGAAGCAAUUUUGCUUUAAAUUAUAUGUUCAAAGUUAAUUCCAUAAUUAUUCAUCCAUACGUUCUCUCUCUUUCUAACAGACCAAGUAAAGAUGAUAAUUUGCGGUCUAUACUUAUUCCAGAUGUAUGUGUAAAUGAACAUAUAAAACAAGGACAUGACUUAAGUAUGUGUGCAGGAGAUUUUGUUGAGAUUUACUCGAAACAAAUUCAAGCUUGGGACGCCAUUUUAACUUGUUUCUUUUUAGAUACAGCCAAAAACAUUAUCACUUAUAUUCGAACUAUUACUAAUCUGUUACCCCCAGAUGGUUUAUGGAUUAAUUUGGGGCCACUACUUUAUCAUUAUUCGGGAUUAAGUGACGUUGUUUCGAUUGAACCUUCUUGGGAAGAGAUUAAGUUCGUAAUUUCCAAAUAUUUCAAAAUUGUUAAAGAAGAAUGGAGAGAUGCCACAUAUACUAGAAACAACACUAGUAUGUUCAAAAUUGUCUAUAGAUGUAUUUUCUUUGUUGCAAUUAGAAAUCAAGUAAAAUUUGAGUAG